UUGUUGUUGUUUGUAUAUAAACACUGUUCUUUAAUCGUUAAAUUACAGUGCGUUCUAAAAAUAACUUACCUGUUUGUCUUCGCAGUCAUUCAAGCGUGAAUUCACUAGUUCGUACACUGUGUCUACUUGAUAUUGAACAAACAAUGCAUAGCCCAUAAACAUCAGGUAAAAUGGCGAGUGUCAGUGGAUUUACGUUCAGUAAAACUUGGAUGUUGUCUGUGAUUUAUUUGUUGUGUAUUUGGUUCACGAGAGUUCGAUUGGAAUCAUUUACUUGUAAAGGUCAUUUUGACAAGUGCCUUUGUUCAACUACGACUGUUGAAUGUCAUGGAGAAACUCAGUUGAAAGGAGAUAACAUUAUAGAUCUGUAUAAAGACAUCAGCGAUGACUGUGAACGUAUCGUCAUUACCGGGUCAAAUCUGACUGAAAUGCAGCCCAACUUCUUUGGAUCAUGUGCGGGUGCUCCAGAUUUGAUUCUAAAAAAACUUACGUACGUGGAUCUGUCACACAAUAAUAUACAGAGGGUCAACGGAAAAGCGUUUCACUGCGUCCCCAAUCUGGACACGCUGAUUAUGAGCGAUAAUCAAUGGCAGAUCGACAAGCAUGACAAUGAAAUCGGGUACUUCAACAAGUUACCCUACUUAAAACACCUUGACUUGCGUAAUUCUUUUGAAGAUGGCACAGAUGGGUCAAUUUAUUUCUAUAAGCUGGCUCAUAUUUUUAAUGACACAGACAUGUUUGAGUUGGACACAUUAGAUCUUUCGUACAAUGAAUUCAUCGUUCUUUCGGAAGACUCUGCGAACACGCUGUGUGAGCUUACGAAACUAAAGACGUUGAAUUUCUCCCAUAACCUAUUCAACGAGCCCGCCAUGCCAACAAAACCAGACUGCUUCCAUGAACUGGAGACCCUCGAUCUCUCUCACAAUAGCAUCCAGUACCUGACUCCAGAGUUCAUGAAAGAGGUGGACGAUGUACAUAAACUUAACGGGAAACUGAAGAACGUUUUCAUCCACGAAAAUCCAUUCGAAUGCGAUUGUGGCCUGCAAGGAACAUGGCAGUGGUUGAAGGACACCAAAGCCCCUGUCAACAAGGAACAGCUAUUCUGUUCGUCUUCAUACCAAUCUAUGUACAACGGAAAGCGUGUGAUAGAUCUGGAGCUCGGUGAUCUAGUUUGCCAGAAGGCGGUUGUUCAGUCCUAUGUCGCAGUUAAGGUUGUUACUACCAUUAUCUUCCUGGUGUUGGGUGUGAGUGUGCUCGCAUUCGCAUUUGUACACCGCGACAAGAUUCGACUCAUCGCACGACGCUGGAAAAAAAGAAUCCCUGCUAUGAGAUUUCGGUCCCAUAUACGAUAUAGUUCCGUACAGGAAGUUGCAACGAUAUAACGGUAUAUAACAUUGAAAGCCGAGGUAGUUAUUGAAUCCUGUAGAUGUGUACUUUUUUUAUAAAAGUUUACGCUUUCAAAUGCUGUAAUAAAAAAACGGACUAUAUGUAAAAACGAAACACUCAAAUCAGAUUAUUUGCGUGUCCCGUUCUAUUGUCCAAAUUAAUAAAGAAAAUUGUCCGUAACAUAAACGACAAACCUUUACGGACGGCACUUUAAAAGUUUGUUCGAAUAUGUGACUUUCAACGUCAAAUUUAUUUGAUUUCACAUGGAGAAAGUAUAACUUUAACACGCUGAAGUUGUUAACAUUCUGACUGCAUGUUAGUUGAUAAUAUUUAUUUUGAUCGUUCAAUUAACUUAAAGGCUCAAAACAUCUGUUGCACUGCUACUAAAAGUUGACAUUCGGUUGUCAUAACAACUAGUUGAUAUAGUGCAGCCUUUAGCGCUGUUUUAGCAUUCAGUGUGAUAUAUGUGAUGGCGGUAUAGUUGACUACACUUAGAAUAGUAAUUAUAUGGUGUAGAUUUUUGGCUUCAUCUAAAGGUCUUCUGAAAUUUAAUUUAAACAUGAUCAUUCAAAAACGGAACUUACAAAUUAAAAUUUUGCCAUGUAUUAACGUGUACACGUAUGUACAAUCUUUAAGGAAAAUGUGCAACUCGGUAAAUUAAAUUCGGCAUCCUUGAACAUAAUCCACAGUCAUUUAAAUAAGAUAUUUGUGGAAACGAUAUUGGUCAUUAAAAAGGUCGCCCAAUACGAGCGCCCACCUAUUGCAUAGAAAUGCUACAUCCUUGAUACGCAGAUAUAUGUAUCAAUUAAACGUUACGGCCACGUUAUGGUACAGUUUAAACUUUCAGAUGGAACAGUAUCGCUUACUGCUAAUCGCAAUCCUGCUGCCAUGUUAUUGUAAGCUACGUGUAUAAGUUACACUUAUUCAUCGCGAUUUCCAUUUCCAAAUCAACAAUUAUCCACAAUGGUCUUUUCGGUUGACAUCGAUCCAACAGCAAAUUAAAAAAAAAAACCCAGAUCGAUCCGAUAUAACAUUAAUUUAAAUUGGAUUUAUACCUGAAAUUUAAAGUGUGUUCACAAAGUAAUAUAAUUACGUGUUGAGAAGGAAAACACGCACCGUCUAUUAGUGAGAAUGUUCAACCAGUAAUAAACGUGUCGUUUUCGCUGCAUGACAAACAAUUGCUUUUAAUAAUUUUCAUACGUUACGAUUUUAUUAUCUGGAAAAGUAAAUAACACCAGGCACCAAUAGUCACCAAAUGGUUUGUAUAUUAUGAUAUAUUAUGAAUUCACCAACACACACAUUUUCGUAUUGUAGUCGUGGUUUAGUGUGUUGAAACAUCAACGAAAUUGGUUACUAUUUGUAUAGAUUCUCCCCACAACGGUUUUACGAAAAGUCUCAUUUACAUUGAAUUAACAAGUUUCAUGCAUACGCUUCAAUGACUCUGUAUAGGUCUGUUGUAAUCUCCGAGUUGUGCAGUAUUACGCAGCAUCAUUUAAACGAACAGCAAGAUGUGUUUAUUAAGCUUUGAACAGGUCGGUUUCACUAAAAUUAAUUUUAACGUAAGCAUACGCAGAGCUAGAUCCUACAUUUUGUAUGUUAGAGUAUGUACGCGUACACAUUAGAACAUUUAAUCGUUAUUUUUUCAUUUUUGUGGACAGUUUAACAUAGAGAAAUUUAACAUGUAAAGUAAACCAUCAAACCGACAUUGCUUAAGGUGUAUUCCCACACAAAGUUUGUGUUGUGUCAGGUUUUAUUUUGUUGACUUUGGAGGUCAAUAAAAAGUCGUUGGCUAUCUAAACGAAAUUCGAAACCCGUUCGCAAAUAGGAGUAUUAAAGCGCUGCAGCGUUGAAUUUGUACUCUAAAAUCAACGUAUAACUGCAUUUGGCCAUCGACGGUAUUCCCCUUUACCCCCUAGUUGUAAACGUGUGUCAGAAAAUGCAUAUCCAAUCUUUUCGAUGAAAUGCUUAUACAUGUAUUUGGUUUAUUGAUAAAAUCGUUCAGACCUAAACCUUUUAAAUAGCUUUCAUAAAAACUUGACACACGUUUUACGUUUCAAAUAACCACUUUUUAAUACAUGUAGUUUUUUUUUAAAUAGAAUAAUGAGAAUACUGUUUGAAUGUUCAGUUGGCCUACUGUAUCUUGUAAGUGUAUGUUGGCGAUUUAUGUCUUAUUGAAGCAUUUAACAAAUAGAUUGUAUGCUGUUCUGAAAUGCAAUAUAUUUAUACACAUCUUCAGACAAGUUACUGUAUAUGUAAAUGACAUUUAAUAUGUACGACUAUGUCACGAAAAACCACAUUAUAUUUCUUAGAUGUAAAUCAAAUUAAUUUCUACAAUAUAUUUUAUUUUAUGCGUUUAUGCAAAAGAUUUUUGUUUAUCUUUAGACGUGUUCUUUGUGUGUGUUUUAAGUUAGUUCAUGUGUUGUAAUUACUUAUUUGUUAUAUAAUUUUAUAUUGUUAAUAUGUUAUAUAUGCUUUAUUUUUUGUAAAUACUGCAUUCUUUUAGACGUUUUCAUUUAAAUGAGUAUUUUCAUGGAUAAAGUAAGAUGAGUUUUGUAGUAUAAAAACCUAGGUAAGUACCAUAUUCUUGCAUUUUAUGGCUCUUUGUAAAGAAAUGUAUUCGGAAAUGAUUUCAUAAAUAUUUGUUUAUUUAAAUUGGUGCUAAACAUCUUAGCAACUUUUGUAUUUAAAUGCAACCGCUACAUACGGAUGUUUUGUUGUAUUGGUUACGUAAUGACUUAACAAUGUCGCCAAAUUCGUAUAUAUUAGUAUCUCUAAUAUUGUUAUGCACACUCAUUAUUUUUCAUUCCUGAAUGUUAGUGUUCAAUUUAAUGUAUUUACAGAAACAUCUGAAAAAUACAAGUUAAAAAUAUGUUUUUGUCUUCACUCCAUAUAAUAGACAUGUAGAAAUUUCAUUGGAAUGCACAUUUAUCUGUCGUUUACACAAUUAUUGUUCAUGGGUUGUUCAUGCUUGUUUAAAGGUUAAACAUUUGCAAAAGAGCUCUCAGUAAUUCGUGUGAUAUUUGAUAAAUUUAAACAAGUCAUUGGAGAACGCUAUAGCGUGAGAAUUUAUAAACUGUUUGAAGUGACUUGCUUGUUUCCCUGCUAAGUCUAUAUACACAUGCAUGCUUAUGCAAUUGCAUUAACACCUUUGUAAACUAUUAAUGGAAACUAUUACAUCGAUUUUUAUUACUAAUCAUAAAAUGAUCGUGUUUUAAAGAGAAGUUAAGUUCAUUAAAAUGCCAGUAAUUCAAUCAUGAAUUUGUUUUCUGCAUAAUACAAAGCAAAUUAAAAUGAAUCGCGCCUUGCGAAAAUGGGUCUUAUACCUUAUGGGCAGCGUAGCCCCAGAUUAUCCUGUGCUAUCGCGCCGUCUGCUCAAGAGCAGGGUAGCUCCUGGCUCGACUGUGCUUAUUCGUAGGCUGGUCUGGCGCACCGCUGGUCGCAUAUGGUAUAAGACACAUUUUCGCAUGACACGGUUCAAAUCAUUUGAAAUUGGACCCAAUUAAUAGAUCGUUAAGGGUUUAUAUACGUGUAUGAAUUAAGUGCCUUAUGUAUAAAAUCUGUAUAUAAAAGUGUAUGCACUACUAUAUCUUUGUAGCUUUAAUUUGUUUACACAUUAUACACAUGCAUAUGCGUUGAAUUUGUAUUGCUUUUGUAACAUCAGUUGUUGUUUUUUAACAAGAAGUAUACCAUAACAUAAAUGUAACUGCAAUUCAAGUAUGCAUUAUUUGCAUCCCAUUCACAUUUUACGGUCCAUCAAAAAAGUCAACAAUUGCCACGAUGUGUGCGACUAACCUCACAGUUGCAUCAACUGACGCCAGACGGUCUAAGACAACCGGCUCUGACAUCAUUUUGUAAUUAUAUAUUUGACAAUUUCAGUUACACUGGUUUCGUGGUAGAAAAUACAACUUUUCUUACUUAUUGAUUUUAUAUCUAUUACAUUACGAUACUUCUUGUAUGAGCACUUGCAUGUGAACAUAAUACGCUUUAUUCUAUAAUCUUUUCGGAAAUGAGUCACCUGCAUGUUAACUCUUUCAGCGCUGAAACCGAAUUUUGAAGGCCUUUGCAAACAGUUUGGAUCCAGAUGAGAUGCCACAAAACGUGGCGUCUCAUCAGGAUCCAAACUGUUUACUUUUCGGAUAGUAUUCUUUGACAAAAAUCGAAGAAAAUGAUAAUUAAGAAAUUUAGCAGACGACAUUUUAGCAGACGACACAUUUCCCAGCAUGCAAAGGGUUAACUCAGUAUAAACGAAUCUGUAUUUCUAGACGCACUCGCAUGAAAUAAAUGUGUAAAUAAUUAAGGCGGUUGUGGUGUUUAUUUAAAUUAGCCUUACUUGAAGAUGAUACAUCUCUCAGUGGUAGACGGAUAUGUUAGAUUAUGUGCCCUUUUGCAUUACAAACAAUUUGUGUUGAGACUGUAUAGGUGGUUUGUAGUCAUACAAUUAGAUCGCACAAAACAAGUUAUUCACAUAGUGAAAACUUGUAUACCUUACUAUUACAAAUGUUCCAGCACUUAAUUAGAUCAUACAUUCUUCAAUUACCUUUUAGUUAAGAUUAUGCGUUCUACUAAUAUUACUUUUCAGUUGUAAGUAGUAUAUUAAUAUUAUAGCGGUGCAAUCGAUUUUACAUCUGACAUUUUUUUUAUUAAAUUUUCCAAUUAGAUGUUUUAUAAGUAAAAAAUUGAUUCGUUCUAUUACAGAACCGAACUAAUGCACAUUUUUUCUGCAUUAUACCAAACGUAUGUUAAGUUGUCGUUACAUGUAUAUGAAUCAGUUGUGCUAUUUAAUCUCAUAAUUUUGAAGUUCAUAUAUAUUGACCUCCUCAAAAAGCUUUACAGUGAAAUUUACCUGUCGUCUUUCAGGAGGCUGUUUAAUCGAAAUAUUGUGUUUGUAAGGAAAACUUUGUAUUCUUUGAUGAAAUAUGAGUAAAAUAUGUGUUCUAUGGAAAAAGGGACGUUAAUAACGUAAGUGUAUAUUUUAAUUUUCUUAAAUGUUCAUUGACUGUCAUAUAGUGUCUUUGCUAUAACACACUUUUCAUUCCAUUAAAUCUAAACAUGUUAUGCCGUUUUACCAAAUACAUAUUCUCACGCGAUACAUUAUAAUGUAUAUUGCUAGAAUAUCUUGAAUAAAGUUUUAGCUUGAAA